GGCCGCAGGGGAGGAGAAAGAAGCCGAGGAGGCGGCUCCCGCGCUCUCAAGGCUGUGCCACCUGCCGGUUCGCUCGCUGCGGUCGCGCUCACCAUCGCCAACAUGCUGCCGAGACUGGGCGGCCCCGCGCUGCCGCUGCUUCUGCCGCCGCUGCUGCUGCUGCUGCUGGGCGCAGGCGUGAGCGCCGAGGUGCUGUUCCGCUGCCCGCCCUGCACGGCGGAGCGCGUGGCCGCCUGCGAGACCACGCCGACCCGGUCCGGGGCGCCCUGCACCGAGCUGGUGCGGGAGCCGGGCUGCGGCUGCUGCUCUGUGUGCGCCCGGCUGGAGGGCGAGGCGUGCGGCGUCUACACCCCGCGCUGCGCCCAGGGGCUGCGCUGCUAUCCCCACCCGGACUCCGAGCUGCCUCUGCAGGCGCUUGUCCAGGGCGCCGGCACUUGCGAGAAGCGCCGCGACGCGGACUAUGGCGCCAGCUCGGAGCAGGUUGCAGACAAUGGCGAUGACCACGCGGACGGAGGCCUGGUUGAGAACCACGUGACCACGAGCAUGUUUGGAGGUGGAGGCAAUGCUGGCCGCAAGCCCUUCACGUCGGGCAUGAAGGAGCUGGCUGUGUUACGGGAGAAGGUCACCGAGCAGCACCGCCAGCUGGGCAAAGGCGGCAAGCAGCACCCCGGCCCGGAGGAGCCCAAGAAGCUUCGGCCGCCACCUGCCAGGACCCCCUGCCAGCAGGAGUUGGACCAGGUCCUGGAGCGGAUCUCCACCAUGCGUCUUCCGGAUGAGCGGGGUCCUCUGGAGCACCUCUAUUCCUUGCAUAUCCCCAACUGUGACAAGCACGGCCUGUAUAACCUCAAACAGUGCAAGAUGUCUCGGAACGGGCAGCGUGGGGAGUGCUGGUGCGUGAACCCCAACACCGGGAAGCCGAUCGAGGGAGCCCCCACCGUCCGCGGGGACCCCGAGUGUCAUCGCUUCUACAAUGGGCAGCAGGAGGCUCGCGGAGUACAGUAAACCACAGCCGGCCGGUGCCUGGCACCCCCCACGCCCCAGCCCCUCUCCAGACACCUUUGGCGAGAGCAGAGUGCUUGGGUGGUGGGCGGGGGAGGAUUUCCCAGGAGUUUUGAAACGUGUAUUUAUAUUUGGAAAGAGACGGGCACCGAGCUUGGCACCCCCCUCCCAGGCCCCCUGCUCCUCCCAGCGGGAGUGGCCUGCACCUUCCCCUCCCCAGCCCCUGCUGGGGAGGAAGCGGUGGUUGCAGAGGCAGAUCUGGGUAAAGGUUUGGGAAGGGGGAAAAAAGAAAUUUUUAUUUUUGAACCCCUGUGUCUCUUUUGCUUAAGAUUAAAGGAUGGAAAAACAAAG